AAAGAUUGCACCUCUACAGCCGCCGUAGCCAAGCCGGAAAUGUAGUCCCGCCACGUUUCCUGUCUAGCGGGCCUGAAGGAAGAGCUGCGAGAUGGCUGACGCCUCGACUCUUAAUCGCCCACUGUGCUGUGAACAGUUCGGUUCCGGGGCCGCGCGGGGCUGUUUCGCCGCCGCCGACGGGAGUCUGCAGUGGGAAGCUUGGGGGUGGCGCUGGUGGGAUUUCUCCGGGGCCUUUACAGUGAAACCCCAAAGACUGGCUGGCGGCGCAGGGGGUGCUCUCGGCACUGCUUCACCACCUCUCUCCAGCCUCAUAGCCGUGUUCCUGCCGCAGGGCUUCCCCGAUAGCGUCAGCCCGGACUAUCUGCCCUACCAGUUAUGGGAUUCCGUGCAGGCCUUUGCUUCCAGCCUCUCAGGCUCCCUCGCCACCCACGCAGUCUUGCUGGGCAUAGGGGUGGGGAACGCAAAAGCUUCUGUUUCAGCUGCCACUGCCACCUGGUUGGUGAAAGAUUCAACUGGCAUGUUGGGCCGCAUCAUCUUUGCCUGGUGGAAAGGGAGUAAACUGGACUGCAAUGCCAAGCAAUGGAGGCUUUUUGCUGAUAUCCUCAACGAUGUAGCUAUGUUCCUCGAGAUUAUGGCUCCCAUUUAUCCAAUCUUUUUCACCAUUACCAUCUGUACCAGCAACCUGGCCAAGUGCAUUGUGAGUGUGGCUGGUGGGGCCACUCGGGCUGCCCUGACCAUGCACCAGGCCCGGAGAAACAACAUGGCUGAUGUGUCAGCCAAGGAUAGCAGUCAGGAGACACUGGUAAACCUGGCAGGGCUCCUGGUCAGUCUCUUGAUGCUUCCCCUCGUGUCAGAUUGCCCUGGCUUCAGCCUUGGUUGUUUCUUCUUCCUCACUGCCCUUCACAUCUACGCCAAUUACCGGGCAGUCCGAGCCCUUGUCAUAGAGACCUUGAAUGAAGGCCGACUCCGGCUGGUCCUGAAGCACUUCCUUCAGAGGGGAGAGGUACUUGGCCCCACUUCAGCUAAUCAGAUGGAGCCACUGUGGACAGGUUUUUGGCCAUCUCAGUCUCUAUCCCUGGGGGUCCCCCUACACCGCUUGACCUCCAGUGUUUUUGACCUGCAACAGCUGGUUGAGGGACACCAAGAGCCCUACCUCCUUCGCUGGGACCUGUCACAAAACCAGGUGCAAGUCGUUUUGAGCCAGAUGGCAGGCCCUGAAACCAUCCUAAGGGCUGCUACACACGGGCUGGUGCUUGAAGCCCUGCAGGGAGAUGGGCCCCUCCCAAGAGGGCUGGAGGAACUGAGGAACCAAGUAUGGGCAGGUCCUGAGAAAGACAACUGGGUCAUCGUCAGGGACACACACCAAGUGUUGGACAAGCUAUUCCCAAAGUUCUUGAAAGGACUGCAGGAUGCAGGCUGGAAGACUGAGAAGCACCAGCUAGAGGUGGAUGAGUGGAGAGCCACAUGGCUUCUGUCUCCAGAAAAGAAGGUCUUGUGAGGUGGAGGCCCACCCAGGUCUCAGGACAGGAGCCUGAAGCAAGCACACUUUGGCCACAGCACAAUGUGGGAACAGCAGCUUUAUUUUUGCUUAGGGGAACUGCUGUGGCAGUUUGGCCAAGGCCUCAUGGGCUAUGACUGCCAGUCAGGUAGACUGGGCCCCUGGCAGUGGAGAGAAAGGGAACCAGGGCCUUCCCCCUCCCUCUCCCUGCCCUACUCCCUUCUCACCACUGCAGGCUCCCCACUCCCAUUCAUUGUGAAGCUGAGCCCUGCCCUGGCAGUGGCUCAUGGUGUCCAACACGGUUGGCCUCAGGCAUAAAAGCCCCAGAGGAACGUGGCCACAGCCAUCAUUAGCAGGGCAUUGAAGUUGACCACACGGGCCCAACUCGAGUCCUCACUGAUGUCCUCCAGCCGCCUGGCUGCUGCAGCCACUUCCUCCUGGGUAGGGGCUGGGGGACUACCUGCCCCACUCCUGCUCAUUCCACAGAACCAGAGCAGGCACCGGCGGAACAUGCCCGGUGUUGGGGACUGGGGCUCUAGGGAAAAUUGACACCCUACAGUUAGUUUGAGGAAACCUGGCUCCCCUAGUCCUUAGCCCCGCCUCCUGAAGCAGUGCCUUACCCUCCAUCUCCACUGCAUGUUCAGGACACCCAUUCUGUACAGGGGGUGAAGUUGAACCUUCUAGCUCAUCGGCAUCCAGGUCCUCCCGCUGCUCCUUGCUGUGCCGUAGACUGAAAACCAGGCGGUGGAGCUGGGGAAGGGAGUGGGGACCAAGUGAAAGUGCUGUUCCCCCACCCCAGACCCUGAAGUCUCUUGUCCACCUGGUACCCCCUUAGCACCCUCGGUCUAGCCUGUAUACUUAAUCCAGACUCCGUUCACUCAAACCCAACUUUCCAUGGCUGCCCUUUGCCCUCAUACUAAACCUAGGCCUUUCAACUGUGUGUUUAAAGUUCUUGGCCCUGCUCACCCCCUGCUUCAUCAACCCAGGUCCCUCUCUACAUUCAAAUUGUAGUACUUUAGACCCUGGUCUUCUAGUCCUGCUAACAGUGUACCUUCCUGUGGAUAUUUGUCCACAUAGUUUCCUCCUGCUGCCUUUCCCCCUUCUCUACCGGCCUAUCCUUCUGCCCAGCUCUUUUGUCCUGGCCCCCAAUCAACCCUACCCUGGGGCAUCUGCCCUGCAACAGCAUAAGACCAAACUCUUUGUGGGCCUUCAAAAUGGUACUCUGCCCCUCUCAGCCACCAGUCAGAUCCUGUGUUUUGAGUUCCACAGGCCAUGCCAGGGACUUUGUGGGACAGUCUUCAAGCCACCUCCCCCCAGACCACCUCAAAUAAAUGUCAUUUAAAUAAAA